AUGACAUACAACAUCCGUUGGGCUCCUUUCUCCCUUGGCAUUGUUUCCCCAGGCUGGCGGUACCUUGUGUCAGAGGAGCGAAAUGGGUAUCUUGUUUUAAUCUCGCUCCUUCUUUGGAACUCUUUCAGGUUUAUUGCCAAGCCAUGUGCCAUAAACCUUGGCAUUCAAGACAGUGGACCUCACAGAGCCCAGCCCAAUGCAAUUUUAGAGAAGGUGUUUACAUCCAUCACUAAGUCUCCAGAUGGAAAAAGGUUAGAAGGCUUGUCAAAGCAGCUAGACUGGGAUGUUCGAAAGAUCCAGCGCUGGUUUCGUCAUCGGAGGAACCAGGACAAACCCACCACCCUCACUAAAUUUUGUGAGAGCAUGUGGAGAUUUACAUUUUAUUUAAGUAUAUUUUUUUAUGGAAUCAGAUUUCUCUGGACGGCACCCUGGUUUUGGGACACACGACAGUGCUGGUACAACUACCCUUUUCAGCCUCUAACAUCCAGGCUUUAUUAUUACUAUAUCUUGGAGCUGGCCUUCUAUUGGUCUCUCAUGUUUUCUCAGUUUACAGACAUUAAACGGAAGGACUUCCUGAUCAUGUUCGUCCAUCAUUUGGCUACAAUUGGACUCAUUACGUUCUCUUAUAUGAAUAAUAUGGUGCGGGUUGGAACUCUGGUGCUGUGCCUCCAUGAUGCAUCAGAUUUCCUUUUAGAGGCUGCAAAGCUAGCCAAUUAUGCCAAGUACCAACGUCUAUGUGAUGCUUUCUUCAUGCUCUUUGGUGUCGUAUUCAUUGUUACACGGUUGGGCAUUUAUCCUUUCUGGAUUUUGAAUACAACCCUAUUUGAAAGCUGGGAGUUGAUUGGUCCUUAUCCUUCAUGGUGGCUAUUCAAUGGGCUUUUGAUAACCUUGCAGAUCUUGCAUAUCAUCUGGUCUUAUCUCAUCAUUCGCACUGCCUACAAGGCCCUCGUGCGGGGAAAGGUAUCAAAAGAUGACCGCAGUGAUGUAGAGAGCAGCUCUGAAGAGGAGGACGUGACUUCCAACAACACAAAAGGAGUUUUCAGCACUUCGAGUAACGGCUCCAACCGCAUUAAUGGCCACGUGGCUAGCGGUCAGUGGACAGAAGAGGAGUAAGGCUGUGGGUUGGCCUUGAGCAAACACGAACUUAUCUUUAAAUAUCUAGAUGUGUUGAGCUCCACAUUCCCAAGUGAUCUUUAAUCAAGAUACCCCUUCCCCAGAAACCUCCUGCAAAUCUGAAAUGGGCACAAUCCAGACCAGUCAGAGGCUUUGCACAACAGAAGGGAUAAAGCCAAUGACUAGGGCAAAAACAAAGCUGCAGAUUUCACUUUAAGCCAUUUUGUACUUAAAUCUUAGCCCCAUCGAUAUUUGCGGAGGUAUCUUUGUUUGUCACAAACUGGUUUUUACUAGGAUCAACUCAAGGUGGAACAAGUUUGGCCUAGGCUGGCUGCUGACCGCAGGAGGGUUACGGUGCCAUUUCAGUGACGGUUUGCUCCAGUGCAGGGUCAGCAGAUCUCCUUGAUGCACUCCAGAAGCCACUUCAGAGCA